CCCGCCCUUUAAUAUUUGCCGGCCGCCGCCGCCGCGGAGUCCGCGGACAUGUCCUUCCCGCAGCUGGGCUAUCCGCAGUACCUUAGCGCCGCGGGACCGGGCGCCUACGGCGGCGAGCGCCCCGGGGUGCUGGCUGCGGCCGCGGCUGCUGCGGCCGCCGCCUCGUCGGGCCGGCCCGGGGCGGCGGAGCUGGGCGCGGGCGCUGGCGCGGCCGCGGUCACCUCGGUGUUGGGCAUGUACGCCGCGGCCGGACCGUACGCGGGCGCGCCCAACUACAGCGCCUUCCUGCCCUACGCCGCGGAUCUCAGCCUCUUCUCGCAGAUGGGCUCGCAGUAUGAACUCAAGGACAACCCUGGGGUGCAUCCUGCCACCUUUGCAGCCCACACGGCGCCGGCCUAUUACCCAUAUGGCCAGUUUCAAUACGGGGAUCCCGGGCGGCCCAAGAACGCCACGCGCGAGAGCACCAGCACGCUCAAGGCCUGGCUCAACGAGCACCGCAAGAACCCCUACCCCACCAAGGGCGAGAAGAUCAUGCUGGCCAUCAUCACCAAGAUGACCCUCACGCAGGUCUCCACCUGGUUCGCCAACGCGCGCCGGCGCCUCAAGAAGGAGAACAAGGUGACAUGGGGAGCGCGCAGCAAAGACCAGGAGGACGGCGCCCUCUUCGGCAGCGACACCGAAGGCGACCCCGAGAAGGCCGAGGACGACGAGGAGAUUGAUCUGGAGAGCAUCGACAUUGACAAGAUCGACGAGCAUGAUGGCGACCAGAGCAACGAGGACGAGGAGGACAAGACCGAGGCGCCUCGCGCGCCCACAGCCCCUACCUCGCUAGCCCGGGAUCAGAGCUCGCCACUGUCAGCCGCCGACGUGCUCAAGCCCCAAGACUCGCCCUUGGGCCUGGCCAAGGAGGUCCCAGAGCCCGGCAGCACGCGCCUGCUGAGCCCUGGCGCCGCGACAGUCGGCCUACAGGGCGCGCCGCACAGCAAACCCAAGAUCUGGUCGCUGGCUGAGACCGCUACGAGCCCCGACGGCGCGCCCAAAGCGUCUCCUCCGCCGCCCGCGAACCACCCCGGCGCACACGGGCCACCCACAGGCGCGCCGCUGCAACACCCUGCUUUUCUGCCCAGCCACGGACUGUACACCUGCCACAUCGGCAAGUUCUCCAACUGGACCAACGGCGCGUUCCUCGCACAGGGUUCGCUGCUGAACAUGCGCUCCUUUCUGGGCGUUAGCGCGCCCCACGCCGCACCCCAUGGUCCUCAUCUGCCUGCGCCACCACCUCCGCAGCCGCCGGUCGCGGGUGCCACUGGUGGGCUCCAUGUUGACAAGGCCUCGACCCGUAGCAGCCCUGCACUCCCAGAGAGAGACCUCAUCCCCAGGCCGGAUUCGCCCGCACAGCAGUUAAAAUCACCCUUCCAGCCAGUACGGGACAAUUCGCUGGCCCGCAGGAGGGAACGCCACGGAUCCUAGCAGCCCUCCCGUCUGCCUGAUUAAGGGUCGUCUUUUACUUUUGCGGGGGGAGGGGGGAGGAGUUGGGGAGGGAGGGAUGAGGGAGGAAUUAAGACAAAUAUUUCAGACUGGUGUACAGGACAAAUAUGACGACGACGUCAAUGACUCUCAUCCAUCGCUUUCUGCAGAAAGGGGCUCAUCCAGCCCGAGCUCGCGUACAGGCGGCCAGGCCUCUGCUUGCAGCUCGGGUGGCUGUCACCACUCUCGGGUUGAUUACCCGAAUUGGCAAAUGCCUCCACGUGCUUGUGUUUUCUGUUUCUUUGUUUUUCCUUUCUGUAUAUAGAGUGAUUUCAGAUUGUAAAUAGCGCGUCAGCAAACUUGUCUAAAUCAUAUAUUUUUGUCUAAUAAACUAAAUGAAAUGA